GGAAACACAGGGGUCAGAGGUUCAGCAGAUCCAGUUUCAGUUUCGCAUCCUGUCCUAUUUAAGGUCCUGCUGAAGGGGCAGGAGCAUCCAUCCUGAAUCCUGUCUGCAGAGUCAAACUCGAGAUGGCAAAGUACAUCACAGACAUUGAUGUUUCUCUGAACAAAGAUGAAGAGACCCACCUGCGUAAACAUGGCUUCCUCCAGAUCCACACAGACCUGAACUCCGGCGCUGACGGGGCCCCGAUCUUCCUCUGGUACGAAACCAGCGACUGUCCAGCAAUCACCAGGAUCCAGUUUUCCUUCAACCAUGAGAUGAGUAAGGGUCUGACCACCGAAGGCUACCACAAGAUCGAUAAAAACCUCAACAAUGGAAAUAAAGGUGGUCCCAUCUACCUGUGGUUCUUCAAAGGUUCCACUGAAUACGACAUUCCCAUCGUAGAACUGGACUUCUCCGCUGAAGCUGCAGAUGAUGCCAGAAAGUUCCAGCCUCUGUGGGAGCGACUGGCCUGCGAUCUGAACCGGACCGCUGGAGGAAAGUGGAUCUACAUGUGGGUGAAGAGACAGACCCAAGUGUACAUCUGUGACGUCACCGCCACCGCUGGCUUUGAGGAAGAUGCCAACCUGUUCCGCCAGGGCUACGUUCGGGUGGACGAGGACACCAACAGAGGAGCUGGUGGGCCCUUCAUCUUCCUCUGGUACCGCCAAACCACUAACAUUCAGAGGGCCAUCAAAGAUCUGCAGAUCUCCAUCGACGCAGAGUCCGUGGAAAGCUACGAGAACCAGUACUAUGAGAAGGUGCCUACAAACCUGAACCAGGGCACAGGAGGUGGAGUUCCUGUGUUCCUGUGGUUCAAGAAGAACGAGUGCGGCAAAGACCCCAUCAAAAUUGUGACCCUGGUCCUGGACCACACAGCCAUUCAGCCGUACGUACGAGCCGGGGUGGAGGUCAUCGAGAAGAACCUGAACACUGGAAACAAAGGCGUCGAAGAAAACCUGUGCUAUUAUUUCUAAGGGUUUCCAUCAAGCUACAAAAUAAAAGCCUCAAUUUUUAAUUAGAUUCUUUCAACAUGGAGCAACUUCAAAAUAAAAGCCUUGAGUUUUAAUCUGAUUCUCUCUGUGAUUAGAAGCUUUUCAAAAUAAAAGCCUUGAGUUUUAAUCUGAUUCUCUCUGUGAUUUGAAGCUUUUCAAAAUAAAAGCCUUGAGUUUUAAUCUGAUUCUCUCUGUGAUUUGAAGCUUUUCAAAAUAAAAGCCUUUAGUUUAAUCUGAUUCUCUCCGUGAUUAAAAGCUCUUCAAAAUAAAGGUUUUUCUCUUUGA